AUGCCUGACAAUAAUACGGAGCAAUUGCAGGGAUCUCCUUCAAGUGACCAGAGACUGAGGGUUGACUGGGACAACGGUAACCAUUUUGACGUCUCUCCCGACAGAUACGCGCCUCAUCUAUCUGAAUUUUACCCAAUUGUAAAUAGUAAAAGACCAGUGGCUAGCAGUGCUGGCUCAGAAAAUAACGACCAUCUGGACGACAUGAACCAUUUACGUUCAUCCAAAGUGUAUUCAAAGGCCCGUCGGGCAUCGAGCAUAACUUCUGGUACGAGCACAAUAAACGACUUGCAAACGCUAAUCACAAAGAGAGAUGUGAAAGAGACCCAGGAAGCCCUAUCGACAUUACUCAGGAACUCGAAUGCUUAUUCGGAUUCGUUAUUAAAGACAUCUCAGAAUGGGGCAGAAAUUGCCCAUUCCUUAGAAAACAUUGCCAAGUUGAAGGGUUGCAAUGAUGAAACGGCGGAGAAACUAUUGAGUGCCAGUGGGUUAUUCUACCUUUUAUCUAAUCAUCAGCUUAUAAUGUCAAAGUAUUUCAAUGACUUGUUGGGAGAUAAUUUAAUUGAUGAUAUUGAUGAAUUCGAAUUACAGACCAAGAUAAUGGAGAACAAGUUCAAAGCACAAAGCAAAGAGCAAAGUUUAAAAUUGAAAUUGCAGGAAAGACAUAACUUCGAUAUCUCGAAAAGAAAAAUAAGGAAUUUAAUCUCAUACCGAGAGAGCCUUUCUAGCUUGCAAGCAAGGUUAGAUCAACUGGAGACACUAAAGCACGAUUUUUACAUGGAUUCAUACGAACUUGUGGAAAAUACAUGCAACAAAGUACUCAGCAAAGUUGCCACGGUAUCUAGGGCACAAGUGGAAAUUUCUGAAAAUAUUGCAAGGAAAGGUUGGUCUGGAGGCGGGCUAGACGAACUACUUUGUGAUGCAGACGACCCCUUCAGCAAAAAAGCAGAUGGGCCAUACGGGACCAUCGGUGGUGAUGGAGAGACUGCUGGAGAAGCAUACAACAGCGAUGAGGAAACGGGUGGGAAUGACGUGGUGCUCAAUGAACUACUAGAAGGAACCAGCCAACCUUCCACAUCAAAAACAUCUUUACCCAAAUCCAAGGGGUCCUCAACGGUAUCCACACCGAAUCAUUCACAGUCAAGUUCAAACAAGGACGGGGUACGAAACAAUGGCGGCGGCAAAAAUGGCGAAGAUGAGGAUACAGACAAUUUGAUGGGAACAGAAAAUUCAUUUUCUUUACCGCCUACGAGAAACUCUGCCGAGGAAACCACACAAACGUUUAAACAAUUGUCCAUUAAAGAAGAUAAUGACAAUCACAGCAGCGAUACGGACGGCAUGCAAGACCAGUCAAGUAAUAUAUAA